AUGGAUAUAUCCCAGGAUCCUACCAUCGUGGCACAUCCGUCCACCAAUGUCCCGGGCUCGGCGGAUGGCGGUGGACACAACACUGACGAUACGCGUCGCUGCGCGAACUGUAACAGCGUCGGUCAUGACUUAGCAAUCUGUGUCGGCCCCCCGGGAUUCGACGGCGCCAUUCACGGCUGUCCGUGUUGCAAUACGAUCCUGCAUACGUUUGACAUCUGCCCCCGAACAACUACUAUGAACUCAGAUCUCAUAUAUCACUUCCUAGUCCUCCUAAGAGGACGUCGUGCUCCAAUCAGCACGCGACGGGGCUAUCUUCAGAUGGCAGUAGAAAGGGCUCCCUCCGGAUUUUACCCAUGGACGAGGGCAUUUGCGACGUUAGUCGAACCCGACAUAUUCCAAACAUACGACUAUUCUCGCGACGACCCUCGAGCCUUGCCGGUAGAUCCAGCGACAAGGAACAGAAGCGCCAUUGUUAGAAAUCGUCGUUACGUCCUGGAGCUUCCGGUGACCGACGAUCAGUUAAACUACCUCUGUGGAGUAUACUUUGAGGGAGGAGAUUCCAUGGACUCGAGCUCCUCAUCUUCUUCGUCUUCCUUGUUUCUUCCAUGA